AUGAGAAUAUUACGCAGCGAGAAUAAUCGCAAGAAAGCUCCAACACACGGGGAUGUAAUGAAUCUGACAGAUGUGUUUAAUCGACUUUUUAUUCGUUCUGAUCCAGCCAUAAGAAAAAUAAUUACUGAUUCAUUUGCAAAACACUACAUACACUCACAAGCACCAACGACUACAUCACAAUCAUUAAAUGAAGAUGACCACAUACUACAUAAAAGAGAUAGCGCUUAUUAUGAUAUAAGGCUUUAUAUUAAACAGUGGGUGAGUAACGAAUUAGUUUACUUUCUUAUUGCAAAUUGAAAAAACCUAUAUAAUGAUUGCGUCAUCCUUACUCAUCAUUGUAUGGGUUUUUUCCCUCUAUAUGUUACACUAUGAAGUAACCCAACAUUUCCUUUACUCAAAAAUAAUUCAGUAGAUCCGUCAUAUUUUAAUUAGAGGAGCUGACUCUUAUACUAUUGAUAAUAGAAUAUUCAGAGUCUAUAUAACUCUACCUGAAAGAAACGACACGUCUAAUUGUUUUUCCAAUAGUUCAAAAGCCAAUGCGCCAUACAUGCGUUUGAUACAUAUAUGGCGCAUUGGUUUGGAACCCAGAUAAUGAUUGCGUCACGCUUACUCAUCAUUGUCUGGGGUUUUGCCCUUUAUAUGUCUAAGGCUUCGUUUCUAUAAAUAUAUGUAUACAUAGGGAGAUGUGUGGACAAAAUGUCUAAAGACGAAUUGACGAAUCGCAAUUUUUAACCGUAAAAAUGAUGCCACAAUUCGCAUUUUUCGCUUAUUUUAAGUGAAUUGAUGCGAACUGUAUCGAAUUAGUACGGAUACUCCUAUAUGCUUGAAGAUAUCUUUUUUUUCUUUUUCUUAUUAUUUCAGACGAGACGAAAAAGCAAUGGUGUACAAGACACUUAUUUCUGAAAGUGAUGGUGUAGAGACCACUUUUAUACUCGAACGCUUUGCAGUUUAUAUCUGCGUUUUAACUUUUCUAAAGCAGAAUUAAAGCAAAAAUAUGACUACCCAGUGAAAAAAAACGAGCGUGAUUCCGCAAGUUCCUGGGGGAAAAAUGAAACAUUUUCACGCGGGAAGUGAAAGUCUUCUGCAGGAAAAGAAGCACUUUUCCCGCCGCAUUCUGCAGG